CGGAUCAGAACUCACUUCCUCUGUCAGCCGCCACGGUGCCCGAGUGCGAGCUGCGGCAUUCAGCACAGCACUGCAGGCAGGAUGAGACACUUGGCAGUUUUUAUGACUCUGAUUUGGUCCCUGACGGCCACCAGACUGCUCUUUGAUGUUUCCACCUGUGACCCGGCGGCGUUGAGUCAGAUUGUCAAGCUGGAGCUCAAUGACAGCCUGCAAUCCUUCGACAAAGCCAACGGCAACAACCUGGGCACCUGGAACACGGGCUUCCCUGAACUGAAGUCGGAAUGCAGCUCGCCCUCCGACCCCGAGAAGGUCGUCUGCGGCCUGCACUUCAUCCACCUGGGCCUGAAGAAGAUCCUGAAGGACCAGGAGACCAGGCAGAGCCCCACUGACGUCACCCUACACAAGCAACUCAACGACACGCUGCUUCGGGUCGACCAUCUGGCCCAGUGCGUGAAGUACAGGUUCAACUGUGGCAAGUGUGGGCAGCCAGCCCACGCCCUGGAGAUGCCCGUCAACACCUUCGAGCGGAAGCAGUGGAGCCACACCUUCCUGAAGGAGGCCCGGCACUACGUGGGCUGCAUCCGGUUCAACCAGAAGUUCUACAAAGCCGGGAAGCAAAGAUGGCCCACCAAAGCCCGUCAUCAGAGCAAUAAAAAUCUGUGGCUAACAGUGCUAAGCUAAGGGUUCUCACGACUCAGCAGAUCAGUUUUAACCGCUUAAAUUCUCUUCAUGUUUCACUCUUGAGAGAUUCAAAUCAAAUGCUGGC